GGUCCUCCAGAGCAGAAGCCCCUCCCCCCCCCGCUUUCUUCCCUCUCCUUCGCAAAAGCUUCCUUGGUGCCCCUCCUGGAAUCCGGACCCUGCAGCUUCUUUUGGCUCCUUGACUCCUCAGGAAGGAUAAAAGACACAGAUCCUGCAAACCUAGUGAGGAUGGAAGGGGGAAGAUGGAUGGUUGACCUGGUCAGUUUGUCUCCUGCAUCCCUCCUCUCAACAACUGAGCGUUCCCUCCCAGGGACCUCCGAGAAAUCUGAUGGUGAUGAAUUGGAAGGGAAGAACAAGGGGGAGCACAACAGAAUCCACAUAGUGGAGAAGUCAUAUAAAUAUUCAGAGUGUGGAGAGAACAUCCGUCAGAGCUCCCAGUCCACCUCCCGUCAAAGAAAGAGCUUCGUUCAGAGGGACAGCCUUACUUCACAUGAAAGAUCACAGAGUAGGGAGAAACCCUAUCAGUGCUUGGAAUGUGGGAAGAGCUUUAAUCAAAGCACAAAUCUCACUUCCCAUCAAAGAAUUCAUACAGGGGAGAAACCCUAUUACUGCUUGGAAUGUGGAAAGAGUUUCACUAAUAGCUCCCAUCUCACUUCCCAUCGCAGAAUUCAUACAGGGGAGAAACCCUAUCAGUGCUUGGAAUGUGGAAUGAACUUCAGUCAAAGGGCCAAGCUCACUUUGCAUCACAGAAUUCAUACUGGGGAGAAACCCUAUCAGUGCUUGGAAUGUGGAAAGAGCUUUAGUCAAAGUGCACAUCUCACAUCCCAUCGAAGAAUUCAUACAGGGGAGAAACCCUAUCAUUGCCUGGAAUGUGGGAAGAGCUUUAUUCGCAGGUACAGUCUCACUUGCCAUCAAAGAAUUCAUACAGGAGAAAAACCCUAUCAGUGCUUCGAAUGCGGGAAGAGCUUCGGGGAGGGGGCCAAACUCACUUUGCAUGAAAGAACUCAUACAGCGGAGAAACCCUAUCAGUGCUUCGAAUGCGGGAAGAGCUUCAGGCGGAAGGACACUCUCAUUUCCCAUCAAAGAGUUCAUAGAGGGCAGAAACCGUAUCACUGCUUGGAAUGUGGAAAGAGCUUCAGUCAGAAGGUGAAUCUCACUUUCCAUCAAAGAAUUCAUACAGGGGAGAAACCCUAUCACUGCUUGGAAUGUGGAAAGAGCUUCAGUCAGAAGGUGAAUCUCACUUCCCAUCAAAGAAUCCAUACAGGAGAGAAACCCUAUCAGUGCUUGCAGUGUGGAAAGAGCUUCAGUCAGAGGCAUAGCCUCACUUCGCAUCAAAGAAUACAUACAGGAGAGAAACCCUAUCAGUGCUUUGAAUGUGGAAAGAACUUCCGGGAGUGGACGAAGCUCACUUUGCAUCAAAAAACUCACACAGGGGAGAAACCCUAUCACUGCUUGGAAUGUGGAAAGAGCUUCAGUAAGAUGGUGAAUUUCACUUCCCAUCGCAGAAUUCAUACAGGGGAGAAACCCUAUCAGUGCUUGGAAUGUGGAAAGAACUUCAGUCAGAGGGCCGAUCUCACUUUGCAUCGCAGAAUUCAUACAGGGGAGAAACCCUAUCAGGGCUUGGAAUGUGGAAAGAGCUUCAGAAGGAGCUCCCAUCUCACUUGCCAUCAAAGAAUUCAUACAGUGGGGAAACCAAAAAAGAGAAAUAAAAGAAAAAAUAUUAAACAACCCUUACAAAAUACAAUUGUAUAGAAAAGAGAAAGGGGGGGAUAUAAACUAAAAAUACUGUUUAUGACA